AUGGAUGAUCCUGGUGACAUGCCGGAAGAGACCCGACUUGCUGCUCCUCCCAGUUCUAGGGCCCCACAACAGAAGACAGGCCUAGACUUCCUCAGACUCGUUGCCCCGACGACAGCCACGCCCGUAUUACCUACCGCCGAGCCGCCCACCCCCGUGUUGCCCCCAGACAAUCCUCCUACAGCUAAAAGGGAAGCUGCCCACGGGGAAGGGUCGUGGGAGACGUCUAGCGAGGAGGAGGUGCAAGAGGCCGGCUUGAACCUGGAACAAGCGGCCGAAGACGCCGAUGGAGGGGAUGACGAUGAGGAGCCCGUGAUUGGGAUCAGAAACGCCGAGCCUGAAGAGGCGGAUGUCGCCGGGGGCGCAAGCCAGGCAGUGGUGGAAGGAUCGCAGUCGGGACGGCGGGAAUUGUGCGAGCGUGACGCCAGCCGCCAGGAGGAGCAGGACGCCGAAGGGCUGCGUCAACAGGAGCGGCGGGACUGGGGCGUGCGCGCCGGCGCUGGUGGGACGCAAGGAGAACGCAGCAGGAGCAAGAUGGGGGGACCGCGCGCAUCAAGGGAAGAACCGCGGCGGUGGGAGCGGCCGCCUGUCAACCGUCGCACACUCGACGGGCUGCAGGCACCGGAAGGCUGGGUCGGAGACGGCGCACGAUCGCCGGGCAGGCAGAUGAUGCGCAAGGAGGGCGGAGAGGGCGAGCCGCGCGCACCCAAUCACUACUGGCGGCGGGGGGAAGGGCGCGAGGAAGGGCCCAGUUUGGCGGAAAGGCGUGGCCAGCGGCAAGAGGAACGCAGCGGGGUGGCGUGGACAGCCGGCCCGCGGGAGCAAUGGGAGAGGAGGAUGGGCGGGGAAUUUCGCGCGCCGCUCAGCAGGCAGCAGUGA